GUGAUUGUACUGUCAGAGGACGAUAACGACAGCAGUGCCGGGAAUAAUCGUACCGAGAACAAUAGCUCACCGUCGGAUGCGGGCUCGAAUGGAAGCACUCACUCGAAGACGUCCACCCCGAGCCCGUCGUCUGGCCGUCGUGUUUCAUCAUCAAACGCCACUAAAACAUCAUCAAAUCAAAAUCGAUCCUCAUCAGCAUGUUCAAGUCAUAAGAAGGCGAAAUUGAGCGAUGCCGAUAGAGCCAUCAGACAAGAGCAACGUGCACGUAAGCUCGAAGAACGUCGCAUUAGAGCUGAACAAUUGCAGGCAGCAAAGGAACUGAAAAAGGUCUGGUGCUACAUUAACUUAUUCAACUGA